CCGUCGGCACGUCGUCACGUCACCUCCUGACGGCUAAAAACAGACCAGGGCUCAUUUUGCAGCCGCCGGCCUCUUCUUCACUUUCUCUUGGACUUUAUCGACUUUCCUCUUCCUCCUCCUCUUCCUCCUCCUCUUCAUCAUGGAGAGUCUGGAGAAGCAGCUCAUCUGUCCGAUCUGCCUGGACACGUUCACCAAGCCGGUGGUCAUCCUGCCGUGUCAACACAACCUCUGCAGGAAGUGUGCCGACGAGGUGUUCCAGGCGUCCAACCCCUACCUGGCCACCAGGACCGGCUCCAUGCUGGCCUCUGGGGGCCGGUUCCGCUGCCCCACCUGCAGACAGGAGGUGGUCCUGGACCGCCACGGAGUCCAGGGCCUCCAGAGGAACCUGCUGGUGGAGAACAUCAUCGACAUGUACCGGGGGAGCAGGUACCACACACACACACACACACACACACACACACACACACACACGUGCCUGUCUGUCCCCAGCAGCAGGCCCCUGGCCCCUGAGGGCCCCCGCUGUGCAUCCCACCAGCAGGAGAAGCUCAACAUCUUCUGCGUGUCGUGCGGCGUCCCGACCUGCUCCCUGUGCAAGGUGUUCGGGGCCCACCAGGCCUGUGAGGUGGCCCCCCUGGACCAGGUCUUCCUCCAGCAGCAGGCCCAGCUCUCUGCCUGUAUCUCCUUGCUGGUCGGUAACAAUCAGAGAACUCAAGCCGUCAUCAGCGAGCUGGAGGAGACGUGCAGCGCCGUCACCGAGAGUGGGCGGCAGCAGCAGCUGCAGGUGGGCGUGGCCUGUGACCACCUGCUGGCGGCGCUGGAGCAGCGGCGUGCGGCGCUGACCCUGAGGCUGGAGGCGGCGCAGCAGCAGCAGCUGGACCGGGUCAGAGGUGAGCGCAGCAGGUGCAGCGCUCACCUGGAGACGAGCGGCCGGCUGCUGGAGGCCGCCGCCCACAGCCUGGAGCGCGCCAACAUGGCCGAGUUCCUGCAGACGGCCAAACCUCUGCUGCAGAAGGUCCUGCGGGGCGGCGCCGCGUCUCACCUGGAGGACGUCCGGCUCGGCGACGAGGACGCGGACCGCUUCACCGCCGACUUCGAGCGCCAGAGGAGAGCGCUCGCCACGGUCGACUUCCUCCAGGACGAAGACGAGGACGAAGACGAGGCAGCGGAGGCCAGAGGGACGACGGCAGCCAAUCAGGAGCCUCCUCUGUCUACUGGUCAGCCUACAGGUGUUCAGCUCUUAGCCCCGCCCCCUCGGAGACUCUCAGAGACUCCGCCCAUCAUGACAUCACCGACACCAAAUAACGCCUCCUCGACCACCCAGGCCCCGCCCCCUCUACCCAUCCCUACCGCAAGCCCCGCCCCUCAUUCUGAUCAGCAGAACGAGUCAGAGGACUCAGGCGGACCGAAGCACGUCUUCUCCUUCAGCUGGCUCAACCAGAAGUAAAACCCCUCCUCUUUAAUGUUUCCUGUGCUAACGUGUAAUAAGCGUGUAAUAAGCGUGUAAUAAACUCUGGAUGAACUC